GGACAUAUGUGAGUGGGGCAUAGGGAGGGCGUAAGAGUCAUCCAGCGGACGGGGCUUUUGGUCCUCUGGUGAACGAGGGGGGAGAGGGGGAAGAGGGACAGGGCCUUGAUCAACGGAUGCCUCGGAUUCCCAGCGCGCUUGGACGCUCUGCGGCGACGUGAGUGGGCGUCUAACGGGGGAUGGGGAAGCGCGGACGUCUGAGUACUCUCGUUCCAAUUUUCUGCGGAGUGCGGGAUGAUUUCGAACAUGUUUGAAUUCCCUGCCUUCCCACCCGACCAUGAGGAGCAUCUCGAGUUCCUCCCGCUCGUCCAACAGCCUGCUCGCAGCGUCUAUAUCUGCGAGGCUGGGGUCCAAGUCCACACAGGUCUUUACGAGCGCUACGAGGGUCUUGAUGGCGUCGAAGGUAGUUGCAGCACGAUAGCGCUCUAAGCGGAGGAGGACGAGCUCGUCGAGUGAGCGGUGGUCUGCGUCGGAGAUGUCGAGCGGGGUGAGACGGCGCCUGAGAGCGGAAGGUUCGCGUGGGGGUGGGGAAUGAGCACGACGUUUUAGGGAAUCCAUUGAGUGAUCAUGCAGAAUGUUAUAAUAGUAUAUCAGUUUGAGUAGGGAUAGUUAAGCAGAUAUGAAUGAUGAUGAUGGUGGUGGUAGAGAAGGAGGAGGAGGAGGAGGAGGAGAAAGAGGGACAGGAAGCGGUGAGUCUACUGCGGGUGAAAGAGAGGAACUCUGAGCAGUGUGAACGGCGGUGUACGGUGAGCAUCGCCAUAUUUGGUAACUCCGGCAGAUGCCGAGAACAAAUGGAACGGAUCGGAGACCGGACUAACGGCGUAACACUCGGCCUUGCCCUUUUGUUCUCCUCACCAAAUUCUCCUCCCCGGCAAUAACACACCACCAAAUGAUUCCACCCCUUUCGGCGGUCCGGCGCAUCGGCCCGACAUCUCCCGCGCCGACAUCUCUCUACCCUAAUAUCAUCACUUACAUCCUUCUCCUGGUUAAACCACCAACCAGCGGGCGCCGCACCAAGCACUAAAGGGAAGCACAAG